CCCCGGGUUCAUCAGCACGGCCCGUGCAGCCGAUUAACUUGUCUUACCAUCACACCAUCGAGCCAUGGCUUCAUUCCGCCUGCAAAAAGAUUUGAUUAACCCUCGAUUCGAAGGGUACAGACUGGAUGCGAUUGCCCAAGAUGAUGCUGUCACUCGAUAUAACCUGGAGUACAAGGGGACCCAGGUGACAUCGUCCAACAAAUCCUUACUGACCUUCAAAGAGAUGCAGAGCAGGAUAACUCACAAUCACCUUGCAACUUGCGGCAAAUAUGCAGUCUAUGUCGACUCGCAAUUCAAUCUUAUUGCUAUAUAUCUGGCGCCGGGAACCGGUGAACCCAAUUUUCGUGUCGUAUUUGAGAUACCACGAUCCAUCGAGUCUACUUCCAUUGAAACCUAUCGCAGGGAGUACCCCUCAGCGGUAUUUUUGUCGCCUUCAGUCGUAUUUCUUGCCGAUGGCAGCGGCUCGCUGUAUGUCUUACGGACGACGGAGACAGGACCUUUCGAGCUGAUAUCCUCCUAUCAAUUACCCUCGUCUCCUGGCCUCCCUUUCCGCAUUCAUUCUGUGGAUUUUGCCUCUCCGAGCGCUGUUGUGGCAAUUCUUUCAUCCCGGAACUACGCAGGUGGCGAUGGCGACGGUGUUCCAGUCCCAAAGAAACACGCCCACGUUGACUUCGAUGUUUGGGCAGUCAACCUUGUCGCCCUCGAUGUUGUGUCCUCGGACGUUCAGACGAUGAACGUCGUCUGGCAGCGACGGGGCGACGACGUUCCUACUUAUGUCACCUACGUCCCAUCUAGACAAUGCCACUUAUUGGUCGGUGGUUCGGUGUAUCGAAGUAUCGGAAUUCCGCCCACUCCGUCGUAUUCGCCAAAGCCGGAUGAAAUAGCUCCAAUACCACGGGCCAACGAGAAUCUCGACAACGCAGAAGACGGCCCCAAGAAACCCCCUCCAUACUCCUGGUACCAGACGUCUGAUUCCCUCACAAUAGCCUUCCCCCUUCCUUAUACUACCCCAAAACCUAACAUCCAUGUUGAGUUUUUCGCUCACUCCUUGACCCUGCACAUCCACGGUGAAGCCUUAGAAGCAAUUCCUUUCCCAGAUUAUCACAACGAAGUGUUCUGGGGUGAAAUUGAUCUAUCCUCGUGCCUAUGGACGUGGGACCGAGAGGCAGAGCACUCCUUUGGACUGCUGACUCUUCAUGUGGAAAAGCAGCACGAAGGAACGAGAUGGAUGCAGGUCUUCAAGAGCCAUGCUGUCGAGGUUCCCGAGACCCUUGAUCCCUCCGAGCUCUAUAAAAUCCGGGAGGCCCUGGAAAAAUACACAGCUGCUCUGAGGGAUGGAGAGGAUCUGAGUGGGCUGGGAUUAGGAAGAGGAGUGCCCAGUUUCGCUGAGGGCGAGAUUGACGAGGAGGUAGACGGCUCUGUGGGCCGACAGGCGUAUUUGACCUGGGUCACAACCAAUGGAGACAGCCCUUCCUGGGCCUCAAGGUCCCACGAGAUUCCGAUCCGGCUUCUGUCUACGCCAUUUCCAGGCAGCGCCACCCCGAGCGUCUCUCUAAUCACCAAAGAAAGCGUCGACGGAACGGUUUUCACCCUUGGAUCUGAAGAUUUAUCUGAAUGGAUCCAUACAUCCACCUUUUCAGCGCUUGCUUUUGUUCUCGCGACGAAGCGCGACACCAGAUUUAUUUAUCAUACCAACGCCGCUGUGCUGGCCUUCGAAAGUGGUGCGCAGAACAGGGGUGCAAACGUAUAUAUCUACCGUGCCGCGCCUCCGACGGAACAAUGGUCUAAACAAGCCAUUCUGAAGGUCAACGAUGGUAUAGGUGGGUCUCUUUUGGGAGUAGGGUCCAUUGAGACGCAGGAAGGAGGGCAGAAGAUUAUAUGCCUAGCCGAAAACGAGCUGGUCACCAUAAAGGACAUAUGAAAGUACGAAAAAGAAUCGAGAUUCGGGUAAUGUAAGUAAAUACUGGCGUGAGGAACAUCACAGAAUGCACGGUCAAUGUUGUAUGAUACUAAGUAGUGAUCACAUAUGUAGGAGCUGUCGAUGCUAUUAGUGAAUGC